GCCUGAUUAGCACAGAAGAUGUAGAAUGUGCAAUUGAUAUGGCAAAACAGAUGUCAUCAAAGUUCAAUUAUGAGCGUGAGAGGAAGGAAGCAUUUAUUGAUAUCAUGAGAACCUACCUACAAAAUUACAGUUUCAGUGGUAAUGAAAUCUCUGGUUUCCAGUCAGAUGGACACAUUGUGCUGACAAUCAAGGGAGAAGAAAUGAUCCUUUCCAUUCUGGAAGUCAAGCCAGAGUUUGGGAAAGGACACAGUCCUUUUCUUGGUUUUGCUGGUGCAAUUAACACAGAUAAGCCCCAGUGUGACCCCUUGGGACUGGUAAUCCCAUUGUUCUAUCUACCUGAUGACCAUGCUUACAUGAUCAGAAUCACAUGGAUGCUGAGAGCACUCAAGGAGUGCAUCUACCAUCUUCACAAGUUUUAUCUGGAUGAGCUUAUGUCAGCCAGAUCUGCUGUUAACACAGUUCCACAACAAGCAAACUUCCCAUAUUCUUGUGAAUUUAAUCAUCUGGAAUGA